GCAGACACACGGAGCUGGCUGCUCGUUCGUCGAUAAAGGGGAGCAAGCGAGUUUCGACUGUCGACGGCGAGUCUGCCUCGCUCCUCAGAAACAACCGUCGAAUAAUGAGUUAAAAAACACACACACAGACAGACAAACGUUCUGCAGGGGCAUCGCACUGUGUCCUGCGGAUCGGACCGAAGUGGAUGUGUUAUAAAGGCUCCUUUUAAAAGAGGGAUUUCGAAUGUGAGACUUAGAGGUGGUGACGUCACGCAAGGAGACGACGAUAGAGAGAGAGAGAGAGAGAGGGAGAGUCGCUGUGCAUUGACCAACACAAAACACCGGCUAGAUUCCAUAAAAUCCAGAAUUCCCCUCUUUGACAAUCAACAUCCACCACCAAAACCACCAAAAUGAUAUUCCAGAUCCGACCGGUUGCCAUGGCGAUGGGAAGCUGUAGGGGGAAGGCUUCCACAUUGCUCUGUGGUCACAGCAAGGUAGCUUUAUACACUCCCCUGACGUCUAGGCUGUCAGCCUCCCCUGUCUGUGCAACUAUAGUGGUCACUCGCGAUUACCAUUCCUACAAGCUCUCCAAGCAUACGGAAUUUUUCACAGCUAGUGACGUACCUAUUCCUAAGGACACGAUAGAGGUUGCCAAAAUACUGAGUACGAAAGACCGUCCACUCACUCUCCUGUUCUGCUGGCUCAUGGCAAAAGACAGACACAUCAGGAAGUACGCGGAUUUUUACAACAGGCAGGGCAUUGACGUCUUGGGAGUCAAGGUGUCUCCUUUCGAAGUGUUGCGACCCACAAAAGGUGUUCAGCUAGUAGCAGAUGAAGUCCUGGACUUUCUUCAUGCAAACCCAUCACACACACCUAUGUUGAUUCAUGGUUUAAGUGUAGGGGCCUACAUGUUUGGGGAAGUAAUGGUUAAGAUGAAAAAUGACAUGGAAAAGCACGGACCUUUACUUAAUAGAUUUGUAGGACAAAUAUGGGACAGCGGCGUCGAUUUGCAAGGUAUCCCGGAGGGCCUCCCAACAUCUCUGACCAGUCACGAAGGUCUGCGAGCUAGCAUGAGGAAAUAUUUAGAAUGGUACAUGAGACUGAAGUAUAAAACCGCAACUGUUCACUACGAAAGCGCGAGUGUGCUGGUCCACGAAAACUUUCUCAACACGCCUGCUCUAGUAAUGUUCUCAAAUCGGGAUCCCAUCUCCACUCCCGCAAUGAAUGCCGUCAUCUACAACAAAUGGGAGGCGAAGGGCCUACCUGUUUAUACGAAAUGCUUUAACGGCUCUCCACACGUCAGCCACUACAUGAUGCACCGCAAGGAAUACGAGGAAACUAUAUUGGCAUUCAUGGAAAAAGUCGGCAUGGUCGAACCCGCUGUUCAAGAAGCAAGUUCAGUCUGAACUUGCUGUUUAACAAUGUACGUUAUUUGCUUGUAGCAAGAUUCAUAUAUAUAAUAUAUAUACAUAUAUAUAUAUAAGAUACUGUAGUGUGGAGAGGCCAGAAGAUAUUGUGUAGGGAAAACACAGCAUUACUGUAGUGUCUGACCUUGCACAGAGUUUCUUGCAUAGCUCGUUAAAAGGGUGCGAAUGACAACACUAACUGUAACAAGUUUGUAAUAUUGACAAAGAAGUUUUUUUAACACUACUUUGUAUAAGUACAGAUUAUAAUAUAUACACAGAGCUGUACUCUUUCUUCAAGAUGUGAAAACAAGAAAGCAAAAUCUGUACCUGAUUGGAGGCAUUGCAAUGCCUCAAUGUUAGUUAUUGUCAAGGUUUUGCUUGUAGGAAUAUAAAGAGAAGUGGUUA